UUGCCUUUAUUCCCCGUUGCGCCAUCGUCCUCUCUCUUGCGCACUCGCCUCGUCUGUGGAACCAAGUCUCUUCAUCAUAGCAACACUUCCCUUCAUACUCAUUAUAAUUAACAAUCAACAAUGGCAUGUCCAGCGGGAUUCACAUUCGAUACAUUCUCCCACAAGGGCUCCUUCGCCGCCUGUACAGAGACGCUUCAGCCUGGCGAGCGAGUCAUGUUCUAUGACAACGAUAUUGUCUGGAGCACUAAACAUUUCCCUGCCAGUCGCCUGGAGCCUCUCCGACAAGUGGGAGACGUCCUUGCGGACAACGCGCUGGAGGCCUUGAAAAUCAAACCAGGACAAGACGCUUACAGUGCCCUGCUUGAAUACACAUCUCGCCCUGAAAGCGAGCAAAAGAGUCCUGCGCCCAGACUACUCAUGGAACAGCUGAUGACUGUUCCUGAGUGGGUUAACUGGGAACAGGUGCGUAGGGGACAACAGGUUUACUGGCGCUACUGUCUAUUCAUCUCUCAUGCACUCCUUCACUUCUCGCUGACUGGCGGUUUUGCGAUUCCCAAGGUUACUAAGGUCCUCAACUCGACAGGCUACCUCUUCGGCAAGAGGACCAAGGAACGUGUCUACGAGACAUCCCAGUUCGUGGUCGAUGUCGCCCAUUCCCUCGAGUACCUCCAGCCCGGUACUGGUGUGGGUUGGGCUGCCAUUAUCCAGGUUCGCUUCCUUCAUGCGGGAGUCCGCGCUCGACUUUCGCGCAUGAGUCGAGCCCAUUCCAAAUACUAUAAUAUUGAAGAGCACGGCGUACCCAUUAACCAAGAAGACAUGCUCGGAACCCUGUUCUCGUUCUCCAACACCAUGUGGAGGGUGAUGGAGCUCAAGAUGGGCGUCAGCAUGACAUACCAAGAGCGUGAGGACUUUAUGCAUCUAUGGCGCUAUGUCGGCUACAUGCUGGGUGUCGACGAUGUCUUGGGCGCCACCCGUAGCCCUGAACUGGCCGACGCGUGCCUCGAAUCGAUCUUCCUACAUCUGGUCACUCCAGACGAGGAGAGCGGCCGCAUUUGCACAACAUUCCUCAAAAAUAUGUCCCCAGAGCCCGUCACCUGGAGCAAAGCGAUCACAGCCAUCGGGGUCCCAGACCCAUUCAAGAUUCACAUGGCGCUGGCUGAACGGUUGUUGGGGGUCGAUUUCUGGAGAGUAACCGGUCUGCCAUCCAUGACGCGGCGUUACCGGUACGUAACCAAGGCCAUCAUGUUCCUCCUCCUGCUCGACCUCUGGCUAAUCACGAAGGUGCCAGGGUGGUUCGGCGUCCGGAACUCCAUGAUCCGAAAGGCGCAGGCAUGGUGGAUUGCGAUGUAUAUUGGCAAAAAACGCUCGAAGUUUGUACUGAAGGUGAUGCCGAAGGAGUCGCCGCAGGAUUGGAGCGAUGCCUCAAGCAAUCAAGUAGUCAGCAAAUCUACGGAAAAAUCGCUCGUUCGUGGACGCGUUUGGCCCAUGGUACUGACAGCUGGCUCUGCAGCGAUCGGUAUGACAUUCCUGAGGCGGAGCGGUCGCUCUCGCGCUCGGAUGCUUCGCUUCAUCUAAUUCAGUACAUAGUAUUCAUUCGCAAUUGUAAUAAAAAAAAGGUCCUGCGAAAACUGGUCAACCAGCCAAUCAGUCGCAUUACUCAUUUCAAACUUUCGUCAGGCUGAG